AUGAUGGCUGCCAGCUGCAACCUUCUUGCGGCGAGACCGCUCUCUUUGUGCAGCUGGUUAGAUCCAAAGCCUUCAACACGUCUGGUUACCGCAAACCCCAUCGAUCAGCUCCUGAGCGCAGGGGCCCUUCGCCGUGGCAGAUGGGCUGUGCUCACCGAUGCCCCUGGCAUUGCAAACCUUUUGAAUCGCCCAGAAUAUUCCAAUCAACUGAAGCCCACAAGCGUCUGGGAGAUUGAAGCGCGCAUUCUGGGGGGGUCACUUUUGGUGGCGGAAUGCCCCCACACGGGCCAGGUUUUGGCGACAGCGGGGUGUGACGUGUUUGCUGGGGAGCAGGGGAGGGGGCGAAAGGAGACGCUUUUGAGAGAUCAAUUCCAGUGCUGGGGGAAGGAUGCUUUUCAGAAUCUGGAGGAAGCGGGAUGGUACCAUCCCACAAGCAUGCAAACAUCCAAGAAAGGCACAUUCGUGCCUGACCAAGGCCCAACUUUCCAAAAACUGCUCGAAACUGUACACACCUCCCAGCUUGGAGAUGGGCCGCUCUCGGGUGCAUUCACAAUGAUCUACAAUUCCAGCUGUGUUGUACUUCCUCAGUUGGUGGGUACUCCCCAGGCGGCCAGACUGGUGCGUCAGAACCUCAACUUCACAACCGACAAGGUGAUCAGCACCUUGACCAGCGCCAGUGGACCUCAUGACGUCACCCAUCCAUAUGACGUCACGUGCACGGCUUCUUCCUACCGUCAGCCGGUGUACUUCGUCAUCGUCAGCGCUGCAGCAGAGGCGAACCGGGAUAAGCUGUUUCACUUGCACGCAUCGGCGAUCCCCCCCUUCCUGGACAAAGUGCGGAAAGCUCUGGGCGUGACGACCAAUCCGCUCGACUCAGAAGAAGUGCUACCCCCCAUUCCGUGCGCCAUACUGCGGCACACCAUGCCCAAGACCGACGUCCCGGCCUUCGCAUUCUUCAGCUACGUCGCCCUGGACCCCAUCGACCAUAAGCGCUUGGUACGUGCGCUCGGGAGCCCCAUAAGCUCUCAGCUCGUUUCGGUAGCGCCGUAA